AUGAUUUCAGAUAUUUCUCUUGAAAAUCGAAAAUCCAACUUUCUUACAGAAACAAUCAUUACAUCAACUUCUACUGGCUUUGAAGAUGAUGAAUGUAUACAACUUCCAAUUAAUAAUAUUAAUAGAUUUGAACACGAGCUUAGUGUCUUUGAUUCUUUCUUACUAUACAAAAAAGCAGUGUUUUGGUGCAUUGUUGUAUCUUUAACGAUAGUAAUGGAUGGAUAUGACGGUGCCCUUGUCAGUGGUUUCUAUGCACAACCAGCUUUUCAAAAAUACUACGGUGAGCUGCUUCAUGAUGGGACUUAUUCAAUUUCAGCGGCUUGGCAGACUGCUUUAGGUAUGGGUUCUCCAGUAGGGAGAGUCAUUGGUGGACUUGGUGUUGGAUAUUUUGCUUCCAAAUUUGGUCGAAAAUAUACACUAAUAGGUGCAUUAAUCAUGAUUAUAGGUAUACUGUUUAUUGUUUUCUUCGCCACUUCAAUUGGAAUGCUCUGUGCAGGUUUGAUACUUAGUGGUAUAUUAUGGGGUGUUUUUAACACACUGGCUCCUACAUAUGCUAGUGAGGUUUGCCCACUUCAGCUUAGAGGUAUACUAACUGCAUAUAUUAACUUAGCAUGGGUUAUCGGUCAGUUCAUCAACAUGGGUGUCAUGAAUGGUUUUGUUAAUGUCAAAAGUCAAUGGGCUUACAGAAUACCUUUUGGAAUUCAAUGGAUAUGGCCUGUAAUGAUAUUAUGUGUUCUUCCGUUUGCACCCGAGUCUCCUUGGUGGCUUGUCAGAAAGGAUAGAGUUAGCGACGCACGACAAUCUCUUAAAAGACUAACAUCUUUUAAUAACACGGAUCAGCUAGAGAAGUACUUAAAUACAAUUGUCAAAACAGACAAAGAGGCAAGAAAAAUAGACAAUAGCAUUACUUGGAGUGAUUGCUUUCGUGAAACAGAUUUACGCCGGACGGAAAUUGCAUGUAUGGUAUGGAGCUGUCAAGCUCUUUGUGGUAAUCCCAUGUUUGGAUAUGUUGCAUAUUUCUUUGAAAUGGCUGGAAUCAGCGAGACAAAUGCGUUUAAAAUAGCUUUAGGACUCACAGCAGUAGGAUUCAUUGGAAAUAUUAUAUCCUGGUUUUUAACAUUUCGCUUUGGCCGUCGAGCAAACUACCUGGGAGGAUUAAUUCUUAUGGCUUUAGUGAUGUUUUUUAUUGGAAUACUAGAUAUUCCUAGAAAAAAUAAUAAUUCGACCAAAUAUGCUUGGGGCCAGUCUAUCUUUUUUUUUGUUUUUGCAUUUAUUUAUGACUUGACCAUUGGCCCUGUUGCGUUUAUCAUUGUUUCUGAGAUUCCUUCUGUCAGAUUAAGAGAAAAAACAAUUGCAUUAGCCACUACUGCCUAUUCACUAUGGGGUGUUGUUUUUCAAAUAGCGGUGCCAUACAUGUUGAAUCCUCAAAAGGCAAACUGGAGCGGAAAAACAUGCUUUGUGUUCUUCGUAUUAGGAAUUUUGACGUUAGUUUGGACAUACUUUAGACUUCCUGAGACUGCUAAUAGAACAUACUCCGAAAUUGAUCGUCUUUUCAAACUAAAUCUUCCAGCUCGAAAAUUUAAAGGGUACAAAUUCUUUUAA